AUGCCCCCUCCCUACAGUUGUGGACGCGCAUCUGCCCCCUACAACUUCGCUCUUCUCGUGCCAGCACUGGUGUUGGCGAGGUUAGGUGAGGGGUUAAGCGGAUGUGAAUGGACAGACCAUCGGGCACCUGUGGAGGGGAGACACUCGGGAAACCUCGGGAGUGUCCGGGAGCGCUCGGCCACCAGACCGAUUGCGAGUCGCCAAGCGGAACACCGAGGCUGUCAGAUCAGGUCGGGCCGUGCGUCAGGACGGAGCGGAGCGAGUGUCAGUGCGUGUGAUGGGGAACCUAACCUCCGUGACUGUGUUGUAGUGUGUGAACGCGAGAUGUGUGACUGUGUGGAGAGUGCGUCCAGCGACAUGUGUGACCACAUACCCAGGACUUUCAGACACCUAUCACUAUUCAAUAGUAUAUCCAUGUUGUCCAGAUUUUACAGGUUUCUCGCUCGAUUUUCAGGACGCAGACGCUUGGCUGGCGUGAGCGUGUGUCCGGGCAGGAUGCCCUCACUGUUUCCCGCUACGCUACUAGUCCUGUCGUCUCUUCUUGCUGCAAGCGAGGCAUGUUCGAGCCGAUCUACCCCCAAACCGAGGCCGCCGUCGCCCACCCCUCGGCCCAAUAUAACAUUCCACACGUACGCUUGUCCGCCUGCGUACGCCGCCUUCUACUGCCUCAACGGGGCCACCUGCUUCACCGUCAAGAUCGGCGAGUCGCUGCUCUACAACUGCGAGUGCGCAGACGGUUAUAUGGGUCAGCGUUGCGAGUUCAAAGACUUGGACGGUUCAUAUUUACCGUCCCGGCAGCGGGUGAUGUUGGAGACUGCGAGCAUUGCGUCGGGAGCAACUAUCGCAGUGUUCCUGGUCGUUAUUGUCUGCGCGUUUGUCUACAUCCACUACCAGCGCAGGCAGAAACAGAACAGAGCCAUCAGCUGUGUGGAUGGCAGUGUGGACGUAGAAAGGCGACCACAGCCAUUCUCCAGGCGGAGUCAUCAUCCAGUCUACCCUCUCAGUCAGAUCACCACUGAGGGGUUCGGAAAAGGCGAUUGCCCGCCUCCGACGCUGUUGGUGCCUCCCAGUACGACGGCGACGGCCACGCGGGAGACCCAGGAGCGACCCCCGUAGUGUGACAGUGACAUAGACACUGCUGUUCCAAGCUUCUGUUUUUAUUGUUCCAUUCGAUACGAACCCUCCUCCUCGAGUUUAAAACAUUAUUGUUAUUGUUUUUAUUGUUUUAAACUUUGGCCAAGAGGACGAAGUGAAGGAGUCGACAUUCCGAAGUCUGUUGUUGGUGUGGAACUCGAGUGAACUGUGCAGUUUUAUUGCGUCCAUGUGUAUAGUUGUUUGCUGAGAACUGUCUAAUUGUUUUAUAUACGAGUCCGGUCAACUUCAUGUACAUACUUGUAGAUAUUUAAAUAGGAAUUCUAAAUUUCUUUCUGUGUAAUUUUUUGUUUAUUUACUUGUCGGCUUUAUACAUAUAUUAUGAGAGAGAAACAAAAUUAUUUGUUCUGAUUUUGAAUGAUGGUGUUUCCAUAUCAAAGUAUAAUAUAGAUCUUGGUUCCUAAUUUAAUAUUAAUACGAUUUAGAAGGACCUGUCAUUGUAAAUAUUCGCUUGUAACACUCUGGUCGGUGGCCGUUAAGUAAUAUCUCCAUCCAUUCCAUUCACUGGCUGUUUAACCGCUAAUCUCGGAGCUUAACUGCGUAACAUCGGAUUAACGUUAAAUUGCCAGUUCCGAUAGCAAACCAAAGAUAGCGUAACUAGGUCACCGAUUACUUUUCCCGAUGGUAGAAUAUAUUUUGUUUACUUGUAACAAAGCCCAAUUACCAAAGUUAAUGUGUAAGGCAGUUCUGUAUUUAGCCCUCGUAAGCUUUUGUGCCCUUCAGUAACUCUUCUAAGUGCUUUAACUGAUCGAUAUGUUCCUAUAUGUAAGAAACUUAAAUUAUUCAAUAAAGAGUACAAAAUACAGCGAUCAGGCUAAUUUUUGUAGGCUAAACAUUUUAAAACCGUUAAAGUUAUAAAUUAUUAAUUGUUUUUAUUAAAUUAUUAAAACAUAGUAUUGUAAUUUAUCUAAGCUAACUUUUGUCGGCUGCGUAAAUGUAAUGUCGCCUUUUAGCCUCACUAGUCACAGGUCACUUUUAAUUCUAUCAACUUAGGAGUAACCAGCAGAUGUAAAAUGUUAUUUAUAAAAAAAAACCUUGCUUUUGCUUGUGUUCUUAUUGUUUUUUCUUUUUUUUAAAAUAAAAUAUGUUGAAAAUUUGUAUUACUUUUUGUAAAUACAGUAUUAACAUUAUUUUUGUAUGUGUUAUCUACUAUACUACAAUACUUUCCAUUACACUGCUCAAAAGUUUCUGUAAUCCAUUGUCAUGACAGAUUAUUAAUUAGUUUGAAAAUAUAAUAAUGUUUCAAACAACCAAAAA